AUGGGUGGUUUACUUAGUUACUUCCGGGGGUUGCUAGGGGCACGUGAAAUGAGGAUUUUGAUCCUUGGUUUGGACGGCGCCGGAAAAACUACUAUAUUAUACAAACUGCAAGUUGGAGAGGUGGUGACUACUAUCCCAACUAUCGGAUUCAAUGUAGAACAAGUAACAUACAAAAACUUAAAGUUCCAAGUGUGGGACCUUGGUGGACAGACUAGUAUUAGGCCAUAUUGGCGAUGUUAUUAUGGAAACACAGAUGCAAUAAUUUAUGUUGUGGAUUCAGCUGAUAGAGAUCGAAUAGGGAUAUCUAAGGAUGAACUGGUGCAUAUGCUAAGGGAGGAGGAGCUAGCCAAUGCAAUUCUAGUAGUGUUAGCCAACAAGCAGGACAUGGCUGGCUGCCUGACAGUGGCAGAAGUCCACCAGGCAUUAGGCUUGGACGCCCUACGCUCGGAAAUAACAUAUUGGGCUGUAAGAUUUGGAGAGAUGAGCAGGAUUGGA